CGCCCGCCGGCGGGACGCGCAGGGACGGAAGGAGGCCGGGCGAGUAGGCCCUUGUUGAGGUCGGACUCGUGAGGCGGGAAAUUGCCCCGGUCACUGGGGGGACGGGGCUCGGCCUUGGUUACCGGCCUUAGAGCCUACGGUCAUAACCCUCGGAAGGAAGGUGGACAGAAAAAUGUGACUCGCCAGGAAAAUGAAACCAAAUGCUAUGAGGAUUAGCAACAAAAGACAAGUUACAACAGGUGGAACGCAAGGAAAAACAGAAAAAAAUAAACCUUCUCUGAAAACUUUGAAAAAAGAUACCACAAAGACAGAGAAAUCGAAAUAUAAGCCACUUACUGGGAAGGUGUUUUAUCUUGAUAUUCCCUCUAAUGUGAUCUCUGAAAAAUUAGAGAAGGAUCUUAAGGAACUAGGAGGGAGAGUGGAGGGAUUUCUUAGCAAAGAUAUCAGCUAUCUGAUUUCUAAUAAAAAGGAAGCAAAAUUUGCUCAAGUUCUUGGACAAAUUUCUCCAGUCCCAAGCCCAGGCUCUGCACAUACGGGCGGAAAUAGUUCACCUCAUCCCAGUAGCAGAAGAGAUCGACAUGAUGGAAAUUCAUUUAAGAUGGUGGAUACAGUACGUUUGAGUAGAGGAAAAUCUUUAGUUGAAAAAGCUAUCAAAGAACAGGAAUUAAUCCCUUCAGGUACUAUACUAUCCAAUGCCUUGAGUUGGGGAGUGAAAAUACUUCAUGUUGAUGAUAUUAAAAAUUAUCUUGAGCAAAAGAAAAAGGAGCUCUACCUGAUCAAGAAAGCAAGCAUUUCAGUCAAAGAUGUGGGGAAACGAUGUGGUGGUCAGAAAUCAAAAAGUCGACUGAAAAAUCCAUUUGUGAAAGUGGAAGACAGAAGCUGCCGUUACAGACCAUUUUAUCUACAAUUAUCCAGCUUUCCUGUUCUCAACUAUUCUGCUCCAAAACCUUAUAGUCCAUUUGAUGUAGAUAAGAAGAAUGCUAGUGGCCAAAAGCAAACUCAGUCUAAACAAAGAAACAAAACAAAUAGUGACCAAGACUGUGGUGGUCCAGUUCAACUUCCUCUAAAGGAUAAGAAAAAGAAAGGGUAUUGUGAAUGUUGUAUGAGGAAAUAUGAAGAUCUGCAAACUCAUCUUGAAAGUGAACCACACCAAAACUUUGCACAGAGCACCCAAUAUCAAGUUGUGGAUGAUAUAAUAUCCAAGUUUGUUUAUGACUUUGUAGACUACAGAGAUGAUACACAAAAAAUGAAAAGUUCUAGGACCUUGGGAAAAGAGUGGCUGACAUCCUGCAGAUACUUCUUGAGGAGGUUAGACUCACAUCACAAGCUCCUGGACAUUUUGCAGUUGGUAACACCCAGCAAGCACUCCUGGAUCCAGCAAAGUCUGCAUGGCAAAGUCCUGCCACCAUCCUGCCAACUUGUAAACAUGCAGAUAAAAAAGAAUUCCCCAGAGCAGACUAAUUCUGCUAACCCAUGGAAGGACACAGAUACAGGCCUCUGCUCAAAGGAUUGACAUUCAAGCAAGAAUUCUUUGAAAGCAAACAGGAGACUUCCCUUCAUAUAGUAGAUGUAUGCUGGACAUUUCGGAAAUCACCUAGACUCUUCAUCUCUAUCGCAGAUAGAACAAAGGGGUCCGCAAUCUCUUUUUCACAGAGACUGUCAAGAUGGAUUUCUGCAUGUACUAUAGCUUGCUGUGAUGCAGCUGGUCCGUUGCCUCCCCAGAGGAUUAUAGCACACUCUACCAGAUCACAUGCAGCUUCCACAGCAUUACUCAGAAACUUUCCAGAGUCUGAGAUAUGCAGAACAGCUAUAUGGGCUUCAAUGCGUUCCUUUUCUAAAUACUAUGGCUUGGCCCAUGCUAUAAGAUCUGAUGCGGCACUUGGUUCUGCUGCAUUGCCUUCAGUCUUGGACUUGAUUCCGAAGCUCCCUCCUCCCUGUGACGAUACUACUUAGGAGUCACCUGAAGUGAAGCACCUAUAGGGAAGCUACUCGAAGAAGAAAAGAUUACUCACCUUGUGCUGUAACUGGUUCCUCAAGAUGUCCCCCUAUGGAUGCUCCACUACCCACCCUCCUUCAUCUUUUCUUCAUACUAUUCUCAUGAGGUGUUCAGACAGAGAAGGAACUGAGGGUGGUUUGCCCACGCAGCCCUGUUUACCCUCAGAAGUGUGGCAUGAGGUUGUAUAGAGCAUAUGUGCGGCCCAAACAGACACUAACGGAAAAUCUCCAAUCCGGGCUCAAGAGGCACAUUCACACUUGAAGCGGAGCACCCCUAGGGACACGCAUUUUGAAGAACCACAGUUACUACAGAAGAUGAGUAAUCUUUUCUUAAAUAAUCAAUUUGUAAGCACCCUAGAGGAUGAUAGGGUUAUAAUGAAUAGCCCCCAUGAAUUUGUCAAGAACUAAUCAUGCCAAAGUAACCUAAUUUCCUUCUCUGACAGGGUCACUGGCCUAGUGAAUGGGGCGGGGGGGGGGGGGGAAGCGGUAGAUGUGAUAUCUUGAUUUUUAGCAAGGCUUUUCACAGUCCCACAUGACAUUCUCAUAAGUAAACUAGGGAAGUGUGGCCUAAAAGAAAUGACUAUAAGGUGAGUGCACAACUGGUUGAAAGACCAUACUCCAAAGAAAAGGAGUACUUUGGCACCUUAGAGACUAACAAAUUUAUUUGAGCAUAGGCUUUCGUGAGCUACAGCUCACUUC